AGCAAAUUUAUUUCAAGCCAAGAUCGUUCUACCAGCAACACUAUUUUUCCGUUUUUUUUUUACCGGGAUGUUAUUUCCUUUAAAGAAGCAACCUAAACCUGGCUCUAAUUCAUUUUGUUUAUCUCGUUGUCCACUUCGCUUGAGAACUAGGCAUCCUGCUUGUACUACAUGAACGGUUAUUUUCCGGCCCAUGUGCCACAAGAAAGCGCGCCUAAGGGGAAUGUCGCGGCCGCGCGGAAGUUUGUCUGCUAGUGCUCCGGGAGGUCGUCGUAAAGGAACCCUGUACACCAGCCGGGACUAGUUUUGCGACGAAGAUAUUCGCCCCAGAUGAACUCAACACCUCGAUGGGCCGGGAGUACCUCCUAACUGGGACUGGUGGCACAAACAGUAUCAGUAAGACAAAUCCACCCGCUGCUGGUCGUGUGCUUGUCCAGCUAGAAGUACGCCUUCCCGUGGCCAGGUGAAGUAUUGCUAUCGACGCAGAGUGCGGCUGGACCCUACCGCGCAAGAAGGGGUUACAGAUGACGGGAACGACUAUAUCCAAGGAAAAAAGUGUUACAGUUACACAUUUGUAGUCAAUUCAGCAACACAAAUCUCUCUGCAUGAGAGAGAAAACUGGUAAUGCAGAAAUCCUACGGGAAAACACCUAUGAAACGAGGCUCCUAUGCAUAUCCGGCAUGACAGAGCUUGUCUGUCUUGCUUGGCCUGCAACACGAUGUGUAACUGUAACACUUUUUUCUUGCGAUAGACUAGAGGAGCGACUCCCGACCCUUCCCGGUCGCGGAGUGCGUCGUCCGCGAGUUGCAGCGGGUCGUCCGUAUCAAGUGUAAAAAUGUCUGGGUCUGGAAGAGUCAUGCUGUUUUUGCAUGACACAGAAGGUCUGGCAUGGAAGCUCUAGCAUCACAGGUUUCGAGAAGCUUCCGCGAUGCCGAAUCCGCAUGACAAGUCCCCUAUUUUGCUGACAGAAAGUGGGCAGCUUUUGCUGCGUAUGCAUGAGAGACUUUUCUGUGUUCUGAAAUACGCAUUACAUUCCAGACCCAGACAUUUUUGCAUUUGAUAGUCCGCCACGCCAAACGACGAGGCGAGCCACGGCGCAGCUCCGGCCGCGGCGGUCGUGAACAGUUCUUCUGCAGCUACGCCUCCCGAAGGACACCAGCCUGCAGGGCCCCCGGGAGCAGUGCCUCCAGUAGUGCAGCAGCCCAGUGGGAAUUUUCUAAGAAGGCUGCAACAGAGGUUCUUUCCUUGGCGACCGCUGCCGUGGUGGGUCAUUCUCGUCGGCACCGUGUACUUCUUCUCCGACGUGCGAUGGAGGUAAAAAGAUUUUCUAUCCGUUUACGUAGAAAAGCGAAAUAACGCGGUCUAAUUUCUGGAGCACCACCAGCGAAGAGGACGUCGGCAAGAGGAGGCUGUUUAGUUGUAAGCAUAGUCCUGAUCAUGUUCCUUUUGCGCACACCAGGAACCUGUGUUUUAUACUACUAAACAAAGAUAGCAUGAUCUUGAAAAACCCCGACAGGUAUCACGAGAGUCCUUGCAGCGUUCUCGGGCUUCCGACCACGUUCACCACCACUUCCAUAAAGCGCGCGUUCCGGACCAUCUCCCUGUGCACCCACCCCGACCGCCUGCGGUCGACGCUAAAGCGACAGCCGACCAGCAGCGAGGAGCGGGUAGGGCAAACGUUGUUCAACCGGCACACGGACGCGCGCGACAAGCUUGUGCGGUUUUUGGAGAUCAAGGUUAUCCAUUGCAUAUUAUGUCUGGGUCAUCUGGAUGAGGCCGCGCGAAACACGUUUUUCGGGCCGGAUAUUCCAAGUCCACCGCAUGACAAACGCAGCUUCACCGCAUGCGAAGAACAAUUCUACACCAAUUCUAUUUUUGUUGCGCCCCCACGUUUAUUUGAAAUCUCGCACCUUGGUGCGAAUCCAGACCCGGAUCGGUAUUUGCAAUGCAUAGGGGAGAAGCGGCGGCAGUUGCGACGGGAGCGGAAGAACAAAAAGCGAAAGAAGGAAAAGCUACCACCCCUACCGGACGAGGAGGACGUUGUAAUGGAGGCAAGGUGCGAAGAUCUGGACGCGACCAACUGGGGAGAGUUGUGGAAGGCGUUCGCAAGCUACCAGGCGGUCGAGGAGAUAUACGAGGCGACGAAAGCGUUUCUCUACUCGGUAUAUAUCUUUGCCAUAAGUGUUCGCACGCUCAUAUAAUUUUCCGCGGGGUUACAACCUGCUGCGGUUCGGCCAUGCGCGCCAGUGUUGGGAACAGGAAACGUACCUGGCGGGAAACACUAGCGCGGUUUUGAUUUUCUACCUACUUAUCAGAAAUGCCGACAAUCAUUGUAUCAGAAAUGCCGACCGUCAUUGUAUUUUAGAAAUACCGACAAUAAUUUCAUCAGUACAGCAACUAAUUGGAAGAGAGUCGUGGAAGAAGUAUCUACUUGCAAUAAUUAAAAACAGCUGAUCACCUUCGAGGCGGGUUUUCUCACGACUGUGGCGCUGUCCUUUUGGUUUAUUUUCCUGUAUCGAAUGCUGAAAGAGCUGUUUUCCUGGGGCGUGAGCGCAGGUAGAAGUUGUGAGACUUUUAAUACGUUGCCGGCUGCUUCUUCUGGAUGAUUUUUUGCUUGCGCAAUCCGAUACUUGCACCGUUCGGGAGGAAGUUACUUAGUUUAUAUAGCAUUUCGAUCUACUCGAAGAUGUCGACGCGUACGACCGCAAAAAUCCCUUGAUCCUCAGGUUUUGCCCUGCCCCUCUACAUCGUCGGCGCAACCAUCUCGCGGCCACUGCCGACCCUCCUGCGGUUUUUUUCCUUGCCGUUUUUGCGGGUGUGGGUCUUCACCGAAGAGCUCCGAGGGCUCUCGAAGCAAAAAGAAGAGGACUCGAAGGAGGACAACGUCUCGCCCCGCGGUAGCCCCGCUUCGAAGGCCGACAAGAAGAAGAAGAAGGAUGGUGAGGUAGAACAAACGGAGAUGACGAAAGUAAAAAGGAGCACCAGGCAUCUGCAGGCAGAAGUGGAUACGACGAUAAGAAAGAGGAUAAAAGUAAGAACAACAGAGGAGACAGUGGAACCGGAGGUCGCAGGUAUCUGCUUCAUCAUUACAGUCUGGGAAAUGAUGCGUUCCGUAUAGCGCCGUGUGUGCAUUGUUCUCUCCAUAAUUAACUGCUGUAUUUUCUUUCAUCUUCAUACACGGGUCGUCAGCAAGAUCCUGUGGAAAUAAUGCAAAACAUGAUGAUCUUCUUGAUGCUCACGCUUCCACAUCUUAACAGGCCCCCCCGGCGACCCCGCAACACAGCUGGAAUCCCCCGCGAUAUCGCCACAACAGCCACCGAUGGUUCUCGUGGGUCCCGACGGACAGCCCAUGCCCCAGGCGGUCAUCAUCCCCCGGUCGACACUGACGAUAUCAACGUGAAAAGUGCCCCUACCACAGAAGGAGGAAAUAUUUGGACUAAAUUGCAAAACUUUGUUCCAGCGGAAGAAUCAGCGGCACAAGUUUUUCUUGCAGAAUAGCAAAAGCCCAGCAGCAGCAGUGCUUUUUCUGGAAGAUGCGUCGAGCGUCUAGAACCUGCUAGACUCGUGGUCCGAUAAGAGAGUCAGAAAGUUUUCAUUCGGAAAUUUUGCAUCAGAAUAUUAGAUUAUCGAGCCCCACGACGCCCACCGGCAUUGCCGUAACAGGAGGUUAAUGCGUGUGUGGGACGUAGUCAGAAGUUUGCCGCAGAAAUUUUUAUCACUUCCCAGGACAACGGUAGGUGUCUGCACUUUUCAGUUUGAUAGACGACGAUGGAGAUUCUCCGGCUGAAAGCGGACUAUCCCAACAAAGCGAGACUCGACGUGGCAACGGCGACGCAGUUCGACAUCUUGCUUCCCCUAACGAAACCGAUCAUACCCCUACUCAUGCUGAUCUGCACCGGGCAGGUGUGGAACGGGAUAAUAUCCAGCAUCGUCAUUUCCCAGUUCCUCCGGUCCUGCGUGCCCCAGCUGAACUACGAAACGCACCACUUGUUGUGUUUGGUCUUCGGCUUCCUGCACACCAUGCUCGGCGUAAGUCCAGAGCAGGUAAUAUUGUCUCUUGCCUUUUCUUCAUAGCUCUUUCGAGUAGACAGUUGGAAGAGGCUACUACAUUUAUUGCUUCUCCUGCUUUAUUGCGUCUCUCCUUCCCCUUCAUCAAGUGCACGUCCAGUGACUCCAACUGCGAGGCCCAUAUGCAUUGCAAAUAUGUCGGGAUUUGCUGAAAAGUUGUGCGUGCUUCGCUCGCAUCAUGCAGCCUGCUAUUAUUUGACGUCUGUCACACACGCAUGGUGCCCACGCGCAUCUCCGUUUGAUGCAUGUCUAUCAUGUGAAAGGAGAAAAAUUGCUCUUAUGGGCGCUGCCGCUGCCUAUAGCCUAAUAUGCUUCACAAAAAUUGCACCACAAGCACAACAUCAAACUUCUGGCGAUGCUCGCACGACCAAAUCGGUGAACCUAAUAUAGGUCGAAGCGCACGCGGACAAGGAGAACGCAGUGCUGCUGCUCCAGUGGAACUGGGGCUUCAAAGACAUGGUCUCCAUCCUGAACAUGGUCAUGCUGGGCGCUUUCGUCGCUUCCCUGUCCCUAUCCAUUGCAAAUAUGAUUGGGUCUGGAAGAUUGCAACGGAUGCCAUGCCGUUUUUCAAUGCGCCGCAAGGACGGCCUAGCUGCAUGACACAUUCUGUAAGUUCUUUAGCAUGCCUAUGCUGCAUCUUGAGAAGUGGUCUCGUCUCAACUUGUUCGAAACUGGGCAAAAACUUUUGGCAGUCAUGCAACACAAAUAAUUUUGGUGCCACCUAGUACAGGAUGUUGCGUCAGCAGCACCAGGUUGCAUGUUGCCCCACCCCAACCUAUUUACAUUUGAUAGUCCCGGAACGGCAACGAGCCGCAGUUCUGCAACAGCUUCGCGAGCGGCAUGGGGUUGCGCCUGUUGACCACGCUCCCCUUUCUCACCGACGAGGAGACCAGUUGGAUCCCGGGAACGGUGAACGGGUGGACGCAGUUCUGGGAGCAGCUGCAGGCCGACUUGAACCUGCGGUUCCAGUCCGUAUUGUGAGGAAAAAUGCCCCCACCCCCAAACCCAAAGUUGCAAAACAUUGUGAUGCGAAGUUUCCAAAUGAAAACUUUCUGGCAUGCAUGAAUGGAGUAUGAACCUUUCGGAUGCAGAAUCUAGUCUUGUAUCGCAUCGCUUGCAUGACAGGCGCCGCUCUUGCUGGUGUCUUUUGCAAUACAAAUUUUUGGUAUAAUUCACGACCGUAGACCUGUGAUGCUGAUAGAUGCAAGAGGGCGAAUGUUUCACUUGGAAAGGUUUGCAAUACAAAUGCUCCCAAGUUCAGGGGUAGGGGGCAUUUUUCAUUGUAAUAGUCCGUGGACGCGCUUCUGACCAACGCGGAGAAGGACAUCGGCGACUGCGGCGGCGGGUUCUACCGCCACAUCACGCAGGACGAGGGGUACGCAAAGUACUUUUCGGUUACCGUCAAGGCGUUUCUCCUGGUCCUCCCCCUGCUCUCCGCGCUGCAGUGGAUCCACCGCGCGCUCCAGGGGUCGAAGGUCUUCCACAAGCGGGCGGCGCGGAGCGGGACCGCGUCGAGGCGGUUUCUCCGCGUGGGGACGAGGCUCACCCUGGGGCUGGCCGGUCUGGUGCAGGUCGGGCUCCUGCUCUACUUCAACCUGAACGCGGCCAACGGCGGGCUGCUCAACCUCUGGCUGGCGUUUUUGCUCGGCUCGGUGUUCGAGAGCUACCUGGCCUGUGAGGACCUCCGAGGCGCCUUUCGCCAGUUCGUCACCGCGAUUGUGUUUAUCUUCAUAUAGAAGUGUGGUUUUUGUGUAUGAGCCAGAAGUGCUCGCAGAUCAUACGGCACUACGUUUUUGGGAAUAAAGCACAAGCAUCGUAUUUAGAAGUGUAAUUUUAUUGACAGUUGGCGACGAGCACAUGGCCUUGGUCACUUGGUUCUACCCCGAAAAGAGAACAAUGUGGAAAGCCGAAGUAUUGUGGUUUUUUACAUCACGUUGCUAUAGUAGUACCCCCCUUUCACGUUCAACAGUGAACAGCCCCCGACGACAUAUUUCCUUGUUAUAACAAACGCCGUUGGAGGCUGUUUAGCAGUAAAAACGCGUAAUAGUUGUAGGCUCUGACGAAGCGAUUAUUCGCCAAGGUUCGUUGCUGCGACGGAAAGGCCAAAGUGGUACAAUGUUACCGCCCUCUGGUAUUCGGUGGAUUCGUG